GACGAGAAAGGCACAAAUAUGGCCCUCAGUUGCGAGGCGAAGGAAGGGCUUCUUCUGAAUGGACGAUGACUCCUCUGUCGUAUCUAUUUCUCAGUCAUCCAUCCCCUUACCACCACUUGCCAAUCUUCUGAGCCGGCCGUCUUGCUGCGUGCCACGGCAUCCUUCUCUCCUUCUCUCCUUCCUCUGCCCUCGACGACCCUCAUCGUGCUGUCAGGACUUACUAGAACUCGAAUCAAGUUCGUCUCAUUAAACCCCCGAGAUUGGCUGAUUGUAAAAUUUCCGGCUGGCGACUACUGCUGCUGGUGCGGUAGGGAGUAGGAUCCCAUUCCAUUCCAUUCCAUUCUAUCCCAUUGGGAUGAACCUUCAACCGAAGCGUGCUCGGACGAACUAAAGUUGUUUACGUUGGGUAUGUGUAAGUCCCUAGGUAGUUAUUGUAUUUAUUUAUUGCUUGCUGGCUGUCCUGGCUCCUCGCGUGGCUGGCGGACCAUGCCCACCUUGGACGAGACCACGCCUCAUUCGGCUCGCAGCGUUACAUACUAUUCUACACUGCAUUGCACUGCACUGCACUGCACUGCGCAGCUUGGGAGAGUCCUCAGGGCAGCGUGUCAAGUAUUUCGUGUGAAGUAUUUCGAUUUCCAUUUCGACAUCGGCUUCCAAGGUCAAACAAGGUCGUCUGUGCCAGGCUCCAGGUCAGCAUAUUACUGUAAGGUUAUAUCUAAGCCGAGUCGGCCUGUUUUGCUUUACAACGCCGUCCCCGCCAGAUUGUCGCUCCCCUGCCCUGCUGUUGGUUGCGCAUCCACUGGAAGCCGUCAAGUCGUCGGACCUCAUCUCCUGCUAUUCGCGGUACUGCAGAAAGCCGUCGCCGUCACACACACACACGGGGAUGCUACGGGGAUCCGUAUCCAGGAUAAGGGACGCGGCGCACAGCCACCACAUCUCGACAGACAGGACAGGACAGGACAAGACAGCAUAGGACAGUCAGAGGCAUAUAGCACAGCACGGAGUGCAGAGUAGAGCAGAGCAGACCGAGAAACGAAAAGAUGGCCCAGCACGAUCUGAGCCUUGGUCCUCUCCGCCUAACUAAUCCCGAUGAUACGUCUCCUGGCACGUCUCGAGAAGUUCCUAUAGACUCUCACAUAGACUCUUCGGACCUCGAACCAUCACGAACCACCGACGAGAUCCCGGCCCAUACUUCCAAUCCAAGAGAGUCUCGUUCAACACCAGACCCGCAGUCCCAAACCCGGCGGCACUCGAUAUUCAACCUCCUACGUCGAGGGGAACCAGACGACAGCGGUGGAUCAUCCCGAAAGGGAUCCCAGGGCUCGGAAUCGAAACUUGGAAAUAACCGAUCCGAAUCCAGUGGCAGUGAAUCUUUCAAACCUCCUCCCAACGACCCAUUAGCUCGAGCUGCGGCGACCAAGGCAUACCGUCAGAGCAUGCCUUUGAAUCACCAAGCGCAACAGCAAGCACAGUUUCCCCCAUAUCAAGCGGGCGCGAUGCAGAACGGUGGCAGAGGUUACCCCCCUCCAGGAUCUGCGAGACCCGUUUCAGGAGUAUAUUCAGCUCAACCACCUCCGAAUGCCAUACCCUCGCGCGAACACGGCUCUUAUAGAGUAAGAAACGAGUCUUCAAAGUCUUCUAUUGGCGGCGUCCCAACGAGGAGCGAUUCGAGAUCAGCAGCUACUGCUAUGCAAGCCGGUGUGCCCUCAAGAGAGUUGAGCCACAGAGAAAGGGCGUACAAGUCGACUAAUCCCAUACCAACUGGCAAUGCGCCAGCACCACCUAGGAGGAGUUCCCGGGGCAUGGGAGGUGGACAUACGGAUAAUGUUCCUGGCGCAUCGAGUUCAUCUGCACCGAGAUACGACAUCGAUGGCAACCUUGUGCCUAGCAAUGAGGAGUGGAAAGACAAGGGCGCAGCGGUAGGCGUUCGGGAAGAAUAUGAUGCAAAUGGGAAGCUGGUCUUGAGGCAAGUCAAGAAAGGAGUUAGAGAUUUUGCGUUUGGCCGAACACUAGGAGAAGGCUCCUACAGUACGGUAAUGUUAGCCACAGACAGGCAAACUCUGAAGGAAUACGCCGUCAAAAUCCUGGACAAGAAGCACAUCAUCAAGGAGAAGAAGAUCAAAUAUGUCAAUAUCGAAAAGGAUACGCUCAAUCGAUUGAUCGAACAUCCGGGGAUUGUUCGACUGUAUUACACCUUCCAGGAUAGCUCUUCACUGUACUAUGUACUGGAUGUGGCCAGUGGUGGUGAGCUUCUCGGGGUUCUGAAGAAGAUAGGCUCAUUUGACGAGGAAUGUACGCGGUUCUACGGGGCUCAGAUUCUGGACGCUAUUGAGCAUAUGCAUAAUAGGGGUGUCAUCCAUCGAGAUCUCAAACCCGAAAAUGUGCUGUUGGAUGACCAGAUGCACAUCAAAAUCACAGACUUUGGUACAGCCAAACUCCUUCCGGACCCGAGGAAACCGAGGGAUUCAACAAAGCCUUACGAUAUUACCGCCGAAGAAGAGGAGUCAACCCGAGCACGUUCUUUUGUUGGUACUGCUGAGUACGUCAGCCCUGAACUGCUAACAGAUAAGAACGCAUGCAAGGCUAGUGAUCUGUGGGCAUUUGGCUGUAUCAUAUAUCAACUCCUGACAGGGAGGCCUCCAUUCAAGGCUGGUAAUGAGUAUCAGACUUUCCAAAAGAUCGUUGGUCUGGAUUACCAAUUUCCGCCUGGGUUUCCACCUGCCGCACGAGAUCUGGUAGAACGCUUGUUAGUUCUCGACCCUCAACGACGAUUAUCUAUUGAGCACAUCAAAAACCACGAGUUUUUUGAUGGACUGCAAUGGGGGCGAGGUCUGUGGAGGAUGAAGGCACCAAGAUUAAAGCCCUAUAUUCCGCCGACUCAAGAACCCAACCUCAUAAAGCUGAACGGCGGCGGUUUCUCUAGUGCUCCCCAGCCAAUCCCUACUUCAAGGGGGGCCCCAGGUCCGGGUUCAUCAAGUGGAGGCUCGAGACCACAACCCAGGGUCAUCACUGAACUGCCUCCCCCGACCCAGCUGGAUAUUGAAUGGUCCCCUGUGUUAACGAGGAGCAAUGAGCGGAUAUUGAAGCUCGGGAACCUGAUGGUCUUAUCAGCCCCAUUACCUCACAGCCCUAAUUCUCGGAAUGGUGAGCACGAGAGUCACGAGAAGAGUAAGCUGUCGAGAUUCUUCGGUGGUAGCACAACCAAGAAGAGGCAACGGCUUGUCAUGGUCACUUCGAGUGCUCGAAUAAUACUAGCCGCUGCAGGAGGUGACGAAAAGAAGACAAAGUCGGAAAUCUCACUACUGGCGUCUGAGUGCUCGUGGAGGACACAAAUAGAUGCCAAGGGCCAAGAAGUGUGGUGUGUGGACACGCGCAAUACACAUUAUACUUUCGAAGACUCAAAAUCAUCUGUCACGACAGGAGAUCCUUCAAAAAGCUCGGCUCAAGAAUGGAUCGAGUCAAUGGAGCGUGCCAAGGAUAUUGCUCUUUCACAGAGCAUGGCUGGUUCUUACAACAGCGAGACUGGUUUUGAGAUGGGCUCGUCUGUUUCUAGCCCGAGCAGCACAAUCCAUGGAGGUUCCAUCUACCCCGAGGGUUUCAGUAUCUCAGAUCGAGCAGGGCGGAAUCAUCUGACCAAAAGUCAAGCCAGCUUGGGUGGGGAAGAGCUCAAUGACAAGGCUGUUUCAAAGAAGAGCCACCGCUUCAGCAAACGGCAGUCCAAGAACGGACUUUCCACUCCAUUUUGAGCAGUUCAAAUGUCUGUUCAAAGUUAUAAUACCAUGCAAAAAAAACCUGGAGCUUCACGGAUGGAUCACAUAUUCCCUUUUCCUUUGUUGAGCAUUUGGUAGCGCGGCGCUGGUCUCCCCUUAAGGUCUCGCUUCUUGCAUCUCUUUCAUACCCUCCCUAUGAUAGGGCCUUUUCACGAUUUCUCAAGACUCUUCUGUAUUGUCUUUUCUAUGGUGGCUCUACCUCAUUAUUUGACCUCACGUCAACAUGAGUUGGAAUAGUCUAAGCCCAAGGUCGUGGUCUAGCCAGACAUUCGUCUGGUUAUUUGCACUUCGCUUAUAUCGUGUUUGACCUGUGGCUGCGUUACAGAGAGAAAGAAAGCAUUGUUCGAUUUUUGGCUACAAAGGAUCUGUCGCAGCGAUGGUACGCCUGGUUGGUUACUUUUCCGAAUGGCUAGCCGAAUGGGUUGGUAGUCAAAAUAUUUAAUUGCAUGGCGACCUGCGGUCUUUUCCCCUUCUCUUGUUCAUGGAGAAGAUUAAAGGGUGUUUAGCAUGAGAGGAGGAAGCUUAGUUUGUGUGUGUAUAUAAGAGAUUUAAGAUAAUGGUGCAUUACAGUGGAUUUUAAACGCA